AUGCACAAUGAGAAUGACAGUUUUCUGUCCUACAGGUGGUCGCUGCAGAACGCCUUGUUGCAUUACAUCACUGAAACUCUCACUUACAUGGUAGAAGUGAAAGAGUUUUAUUUGGGGAUCUCUAAAUGGAUCAAUUGCAGAAAGAAAGAGCAUGAGACAAUGAUAAGAAUGAAAAAAACGGCUGACAAACUUGAUACCACUUUCACCAAGUCAAAGGGCACAUUGAAAGCCAUUGGUAAACACAUAAAGAAAAAGUUUCAGAAUGAUCCAGAGAGCAAACUUGCAGAACUAGAAAAGUGGCUGACUGAAGUUUUGAAAGACACCAUGGAAGGUCUGGAGAAACUCAGCAUCUUCUUGGAUGCCAUGGAGAAGCUGGCAGUCACUUCCUUACAUGUGUUCACUGAGAACCAGAUUGUAUACCUUCCUGAGGAGUUCUGCUAUGAAGAAGUUCAAGCUGUGAUCAGAACUGCACAGCAAGUCAGUCCUUUCCUUUUUAAGUUCAAACGAGAUGCAAAGUCCUUCUUCCUUCCUAGCCUUCACAAUCUAGAGGUUCUUGGACAACAACUGGAAAAAUACAUAGAAGCCAUUGAGGAAAUAUGUGAAAAUCAUGGGAAAAGCUUUAAAUUUGAGAUGUGCUUGGAAAUAACUGAAGAAAUUGUUGUGGAUUGUGAUGAUAUGUGUAAAAAUAGUAUUCAAGAGAUGACAUAUCACAUUAAGCGUCUUGACAAGAUCAGGAUGGAUGAGCACUUUCGGAUGGAGAUCCUAUUCCAGGGAGUCUCCUCAUCUGGUUUCAUCGAUGUAUUUGCUGCUAAUAAGGAUAAAAUGCUAAGGUUUCUGAAUGACCUGGAGCAGUGUGCUGAUGAGUUAGACAGGAUGAACAAAGGAGCAAAGAUCUCCAAUCUGGCGGGCAGCUCAGUGAAAACAACUGGAGAUGCACUCAGCGCUGCAGGUGUCGCGUUAACACCAUUUACAGGUGGAGCAUCUUUAGGGCUGACACUUCUCGGUUCAGUGAUGGGGGUAGCAAGUGAAACCAACAGUGUGGUAACAACCUUAACAAAGGCUGGAGUUAAUCAUACUUCUCAGAAUAAGGCAAAUAAAACUUUCCAAAGUUUCAUGGAGGUUUUCCAAAAGAUCCAGGAUUGUCUGGAUGAAGGGAUGAAACACUCGACAGUAAAUCUGAAGCCAAGGAAAAGUAAAAACCCUUCAACCCAGCACAUGCUGGGUGAUGGAACUACAUCACGGAGCAUGUCCUCAGAUGCUCCUGAUACUUCAGAUGUUACAGAUUCUGGUCAGAGUGUGGUGAAAGAUCUUCUGUCAGAGGAACUUCUUGGUACUGGAGCUGAGGUCUUCCUUGCUGGCAGGUGUUUGCGGUUGACUGGUGGGCGGGGCACGCACACCUACGGUUGGUUCAGCAGCGUCAGGCCGCGCUACAAGAACUGCGCACAGACAGCAGGAGGAUGCCAGAGUAUUAACCUGAGUGGUCUCACCUCGAGCUCCCCUGAUCGCCCUUCCUGGCGGAUCUCCCUCUUGAAGUCACCUGUGCCCGCUCAGUACGGUUCCUCGGAUCCCUUCCCCGUGCCAAGCCUCCGAGCUGAAGCCCCUCGGGACUCACCUGGUUCCUCCUGCUGCUCCCGGACCUCUGGAUUCUCUGGCGCUGCUCGGAUUCCAUUCAGCCUGCGCCCGCCGGUCACUCAGACACCUGCCACCAGCUCCAUCAGGCAAGGCUGA